ACUCUCACAACUCCAGAGGUCACAGCUUUGUUGUUCCCCUUCCGCCAGGCGAAAUCGGCUAAUUGGACAAAUCUGUCGACUUACGUAUAUUCUGUCUCACCACCAGUUUAGAGUUUACCAUUCACUACUUUGUGACGGGGGCGGGCAACUAGCUAAUUCUACCACGUAAAGUCUUUAACCUUAUAAUUUAUCUAAAAAAACAUACUUUUGUUCCUUGUGCUUGUUAUAAAAAUAGUGACUUCGCUUUCUCCCCAUUGUCUGUUUUCACCAUCACUUGAAUAGAACACAAAGCUCGUGGUGAAAUCAAUUUGAAUACAUAAUAUUGAUGUUGAUUGUCCUCCAAAACUUGAGACAAUAGUGACACCGUGUCCGCACAAGUGUAUCCUCACCAACUUUCUCCAUCUAUCUAGUCAUCCAUCCAUCCAUCGAUUGAAUUGUAUUGUUAACUUUAUUGUACUUGAGUCCCUCUCUUCCUCUUCCUUCUCAGUUGUUGUUAAAGACGAGGGGUUGACAGUAGUAGCCAAGCCAGUAGUAGUUCUGGUUUUGAGGAUAAGAAGAAGAGUGAAAGUGAGAACGCAUCGGAGCAGAAAAUUGUUUGAAGUUGAUCUCGAUCUGGUCUUCGUUGGACGAAAUAAGAGUGAAGAAACCCGACAUUUUCAUCUCAACUUGUCUUAGCUUAUAAGUAAAGUAAACCUGCAGUAGCCUCUCUCCACCUGGUGAAAGUAACUUUAUUUUAUCCAGAGAGAAGUCGAGUUUUUGGGAGUGAUUGCGUUAUUGAAUAGUGAAGCCAAUUUAAUUCAUACGCCGGCAACUAGACAUAUAACAUCAGCAAGUCAGACUUAUGAAACACCUGCAAAUUGUAAAUUGUUAAAGUUUUUGGAAGAAGAAGAAUUCUACUUGAGCGGAUUUGACUUGACUUGGCUUGCCUGCCUACUUUCUCUCUCAUUGUGAGAGAAAAUUUCCACGAAUUUGAAUAGUGAGCUUCAUAUCUAAUCUUGUUUAAGAGAAGAAAAGAGAAGGAGUAAGUAUAUAUCUCUGUAGGAUGAAUUCGUACGUACGUACAAUUCCCCAAGAAACGUGGCUGGUGGAUGGAAUAGAAAAAGUUGAAGGUGAUUUAUUACGCCUUCCGCUUUGACUGGUCUGCUGAAUCUAGUAUCGAUUCCAAUUCAGAUCUCUCUGAAUUCAGACAAAACUAUUUGCACGAGUAAUAAAACUUUGGAGAAGAAACGAUAAACUGAAAUUUUUACCUUGACUUUUUUGAAAAAAAGAAAUGUGCCAGUAAUUUGUAAUGCGGACUUUGAACGAUUAGAAAUAACGGGGAAAACGUAAACGGGCCAAUUUGUCUCCACCUCCUGCUUGAUCUCCUCUCUCUCCGAAUGGUACGAUUUUAAGAAGGAGAAAGGCGGUUGGGAAAAUAGAGUGGGAUAAAUGGGGCGAUUACUAGCAUGGUAUUGUUACUCUGCUUGUGGGAGAAUUUGAAGAAGUGGAGCUCAGACGACGAGAUGCGGGAGCCUUACCACCACUACUACCACCAAGGCGGUGGUGGAGGGGACCACCACAAGCCGUACCCCCCAGAACAUCAUCCUUAUCAUCAGAUGGGAGGAUUGCGUCGGUUGGAGACGGGUACAAUAAGGACCCAUUUCUACCCGGAAGGCGGUUGGGGUUGGAUCGUAUGUGCCUGCGCGUUUCUUGCUCACGUUACGACUUCAGGGGCUCAACUAUCUGCCGGAGCCCUUCACAUCGUUCUCGCCAAUAAGUUCCAAGACUCUACUGCUCAUCAUUGGUUGGGGCCACUAUCCUGGUCGGUGUCUUCAGUGUUUUCACCAUUGGUGGUGAAUCUAUGCCGGAGGAAGAAUGUGCGUGUGCUUUCUCUCGUGGGAGGGAUUCUAUUUCCACUUUCACUCCUUGGGACAUCAUUUGCGACGGAGAUUCAACAUAUAUUUAUCUGUUUCGGACUGUUUGGUGGGAUCGGAUCUUGCAUGGUACGCGAGAGCAGCGGGGUCGUUCUGGGCGAAUUUUUCCGAAAACGUCGCCAAUUCGUGGAGCAGGUGGUCAUGGCUGGGACGGGUGUGGGUGUCACCCUCUUUUCCCUGCUGUACCUCUCCUUCACCCGACACCUCGAGUGGGGCGCGGGUUUCCGAGUGGGCGCGGCUUUUGCCACCAUCUGUGUUCUACUCCCCGCCUUUUACCGCACCGCGUCAAAGUACCAGCCCCGAGAGCGAAGCGGGUCCUUGGGGGGAAGUGGUGGAAAGCAUCAACGCGUGGAAUCACCCAAGAGUCCGAGUUCCAUGGUAGUCCCGCUGGGUGGUGACAUUUGUCGGAGUCUGCACCUCUUCUGCGUGCCGUCAUUAAAGCCGUUGCUGUGGUCUUCAGCCAUCUCCUCGUUUGGCCUUUAUGCCCCCGUCUUUCUCAUGUCCGACUUUGGGAGGAGUGAAGGGCUCUCGGGAGGGUCGUUGUUGCUGCUGCAGACGCAUUUAGGCCUUGGACUCUCGCUCGGAGUCAUCCUCGGAGCUAUACUUACGCUGAAAAAGUUCAAGUCUUGCCGACUUUCUCCACGUGUCCUGUGUACGGGAACGGCUUGUCUUACAGGAGCCUCGAUGAUUGCCAUUUCCUCGGUGAAAGGGUACUACGGGUACUCCCUGUCUGCUUGGGUUUACGGCGUUGCGUUAGGGUCGCACUUGUACACUUUGAAAGUGCUCACGAUGGAGCUGACCCGUACGAAGCAUUGGGGUCGGAUUUGGUCAUGUGUUCAAUCCCUCAUGUCCCCGGGUAUCCUUCUCGGCUCGGGAUUAACUUCUUACGCUGGAAAAUCAGGGUUUUAUGCCUGCGCAACGGCCGUCUUUAUUGGAGCAGGAUUGGUGGGUUUUCAACUGAUUGACAUGACAAAGUGCUCAUCCCCACAACUUUCGUCCUCUGCGGAUACCGACUCACCCAUCCCGCCGGCACCUCCUCCCAUCUCCCUGGCAAAGUAUGGACAUCAGGCCACACCACUUUUAAGCGGUGGGGUUCUUGCGCCCGAGUCGGCAACAGGUUUAUACCCACUCCGAAGGUCGAUAAGUCUACAACAACCUGUGUACCCAUGUUGUCCCGAGGUCGGAGCGAUGGGCGGUAUGGGAAUGGGACUUGGCUACGGUUUGGGUGGUUAUCCCCCCGGAUAUUCACCCUAUUGCCGAGAAUGUGUCCUCUCCGGAAGUCCAUUGCCCCCCGCGUGGGGAAUGUAUUACCAACCCACGCCCACCGGGUCGAUGAUAAGAUCAUACUCGCUCCCACAAACGGCCCCAAUUCCUGCAAUUACAGGUUCCCACCACAGCUUAAAGUCAACAGGGACACAGACAAAUCCCAACUCUCCGGUAAGAACGUGCAGCAGAGGGACCAAUGGUCAGAUUUCCAUAUAUCCCGGAAGCUAUGACAGAUUGCCCACACUGCCGGGAUCUUUCCUCCCACCGGAUCGCGUCAUUAGAGAUGGCGACUCAAAGUUGAAGUCAUCCACGGCCUCGCAGCAACAACGAGGUCCACCCACGACGACGACAUUUCGUGAAAUGACGGCCAAGAAUACGGUCAUGUUUGCCUCGAACCCACAACUUUUUCCGGCAUCAGCUACCCAAUCUUCCGCCACGUCUACGACCGAUCAAAGUGGGACACCUACCACGUCCUAUGCAGGGAACGGUAAGGGGAAUAAUGGGAACAAUCACCACUUUCACUCCCAUAAUCAUCCCCACACUCACACCCAGCAUAAUCACCGCCAUCCGAGCAACGGCAUCCAGCAGCAGCAAGAAGCUGACCGCGACUCUUCCCCCAACAGCAGACAAUCCCCCCGACACUAUUAUCCACAGAGGGAAGAGCGGCGAGCCAACUUCAUUCGAGGGCAUAAAGGCCCCAUUGUUGAUCAAGGACAGAAACAACAAUCGCAGCCAUUUCAGCAGCAGCAGCAACAAAGAUUCUACGCACCUCAAACAACCAUGACCACGACGGUAGAGACGCACAAAAAACCAGAAAAACCAGCAGUGGUCAGCAGCAUCAAUGAAAAGCAACAACCCGCUUUCACCCGGCAUUACUUUGACUCUUCAAAGAUCCAGAAGGGAUCCGCUGCCCGAAGUAAUGCUACCAACAUAUUUAGCAGCAAUGGAGGUGGAGGUGGUGGUACCAGUGGUCCCAGCACUAGCGGUACCAACGCCCCUACCACCAAAGGACCCCACCAGCACCACCACCACACCCCCACCACCACGACCAGCACCAAUGUCAACGUUAUUAGUAGUAGUGUAAGCACCACUGCACAAGGUGGUCAAUUUUUUAUACCGUUUCAACAAACCCCCACAAACGCACAACAGCAACAACAGCUCAGACAAAGUCAACAACAACCAUCACUGCCAAUUUCCGUGUCUGCAGUUAAUGCAAAACUUCAACAAUAUCAGAGACAGCAGCAGCAGCAGCAGCAACAACAGCAAGAAGAAUUUGAUUGGAGAAGUAUUCAAAGACAAUCAGCUUCAACAAGUAAUCCCUUCGAGGACGAUCCAGACCCGCCCUACUACCCAGCCACCGCAGGAGGAGGAAUUUCCCAUGCCCACCAUCAGCAAUCUAGCCGAAGCAUGGCCAAAGUUUCUGGAAAUGAGUUUGACAUAGAACAACCAAAGUUUAACAGUCUGAGAAAAUCUUUAAGUAGAAGUGGGCAAAAUUCCAGCAUGAGUAGUCAACUUAAUUAUUCCGUGACACCGACCCCAGUUCACCAACACCAUCAUCAUCAUCCCCAUUCUGGAUUUUCUCAACAACAGCACCAAUUACCUCCCCAAUUUCAACACCAGUUUCAAAUGCAGGGAGGAAAUUAUCAGUUCCCCAACUACCCGUACUUCCCACCUCCUCACCAACAACGUCAACACCAAGAUCUAAUCAUGCAUCGAAGACGACAGGGUAAUUUAAACGAUAAUAUCAAUUUGAGCGGGGGGAGUGGUCGUAAUUCUAGAAAUUCCAAUCCUCCGAGGGAAGAUUGUCCAUAUUGUGAUCCGAGGGGUGGAGCCCCUCCACCCCCGUUGAGCCUCAGUGUCCCCACGCUGCAGCAGUCCGACCCCCACUACAUGUGUCAUUACGGGUAUGGGGCGACUGGUCAACCGCAACAGCAGCAGCAGCCACCCAGAUUUUUACGCAGGAGGAACACGUGGCAUCAUCACAGAGAUCAACUUGAAGCAAUAACCACCUCGGUUUAAUGUUUAAAUAUCUUAUAAUCAAUCGAUUAUUUUUUGAUUGAUUACAAAAAAAAUUGGUUCCUUUCUUGAAUAGAUUUUCAGUAAGAAUCAAUUUCGUUCAUUUUAAUAAUGCAAUUUAUGGUGCUUAUUUCUGAAAAUAUGUUAAUUUGCACAUCUACUUACUUAAAUAGUAAUAAUUGUGUUAAUUAUAACAACAUCUUAAAUACGAUGAUUCGGUGCGAAUAGGACAAUGAAGUACCUUAUCCACAUUGUUGUUCAUGUUUUAGUCGUCGAUAAGCAUAUGUAUGUACGUAUACGUAAGAUAAGUUAUUUCAAAUCAAGAAAUUAUCAAAUCUCAAAUUAAUCAUGGAAAUUUCAUACAAUUCAUAAGUGUUCAAUCAAUCAUCACAAAAGUGGAGAGUUUGUUCAUUCAUAAGUGUCCACACUCUGUUGAAAAAACUCGUCGUUGACACGAGAUAUUUGAUCUUAAAUCAUGUGCCAAUACAUAAUUAUACCAGUGAUUGUAAGUAAUUACCAUAUUUACAUAAAUAUUAAAAUAUUUCACAACAAUGGGAUCCACACCGAAAAGAUCUCUCUCACAUAAAAACUGUUGUAUGUAAUUUGUAAUAAUGAUUUUGUGAUGAAUUUUUAAACUGCAUAAGUAUUUAUAAGCAUCUUAGAUGUUUUUAUGAAAAGUAAAAUUUUUAC